AUGCAUGCCUUAUUAGAACGCCGACCGGCUGAUUCAUACGCAGGGCAAAUCAAAACGUCUGCAGAUCCUCCAGUGGAAUGCUGGAGGGAUGUCACAGUCCAAAAAAUCCUACAAACCUAUGAUGUAGACAUUUUCACAAUUAUGGAAGCAAACAUUUCGGAUGACAAACUGAAUACAACUAUGGAAGCUAACAUUUCGGAUGACAAACUGAAGUGCCACCAAUUCCCAGGUUACACCUUGUACCUCCUGAAGUACUACCAAUUCCCAGGUUACACCCUGUACAAUCUACCUAAAUACCGGCAAGUUGCAAGUGGAAUUCUUACUGGAGUUAAAGAAGGCCUCACAUCCCAUUACGAUCUAAUCAUGAGAUCCUGCUACAUAACUCUGGAACUUAUUGACAGCAAUGAGGAUCCUGCUACAUAUUUGGACUAUAAUGGAACCAGAAUAGCUCCUGACUUACUCCUGGCUUCAAGGGACAUCAGUGAGCAUACUCGCCGCAAAAUAAUUGACGAUCCUGGUUCUGGUCACAAACCAGUCAUUGCUAGUAUUAACAUCGGCAGCAAAAGCAUGACAACGAAAGUGCUAACUAAGCUACCAUGGAACCUCAAGAAGGCUGACUGGCCUAGAUUCACAAACCUUUUAGAGAACGAAUUUCACACAAGUCCCCUCAACUUCAACCAACAUCCUGAAAAACACUUGCAACUAUUCCCCAAGGCAGGACUAAACACUAUCGAAUGAACUGAAAAGAAAGUGGGACGCCCUUCGCAACAAAGGCAUCAGACCUGGAAGAACGGAAGACGUAAAAGCCUGGAGACGACAACGAACGACGCCCUUCGCAAAACUGCUGAUCAGACUGGAAGAACCGACGUACAAGCCUGGAGACGACAAUCAGCUGUCCUAAGGCCAAACCUGGAGACGACAAUCAGCUGUCCUAAGGCAAGCCAUCUUAGAAGCAAAACGGACGUCCUUCGACAAGUUCAUCUCAAAUAUCAACUAAACCGGACUUCCUUCAACAAGUUCAUUUCAAAUAUCAGCUAUUACGGACUUCCUUCGACAACUUCAUCUCAAAUAUCAACUAUGAAACUUACUUCGACAAGUUCAUCUCGAAUAUCAACUAUCAAAGCGUUCGACAAGUUCAUCUCAAAUAUCAAGUAUCAAAGUGAUAUAACUUCAUCUCAAAUAUCAACUAUCAAAUGA